CCUAAGAAUAAAAAGGUUUCUCAUUUCGAUUUUCUAAGUAAAAAACCAACCAGUAAGUAAGUCGCGAAACAAAGCAAGUCUCUCUCGUCGUUGACGUCGACGUCGCCGUCGCCGUCGUGGUGGUGGUGAAAUGUCGAACAACAUCGUGGUGCUAGACAACGGCGGUGGUCUAAUCAAAGCCGGACAAGGCGGCGAGCGUGAUCCCGUCACGGUGAUCCCAAACUGCCUCUUGAGACCUCUCUCCUCCAAAAAGUUCAUCUUUCCUCUCCCUCUCUCCGACCUCGACAACGACAUCGACCUCACCUCCGCCGCCGUCCGCCGCCCAAUCGACCGCGGCUACCUGAUAAACCCUGAGCUACAGCGCGACAUCUGGUCACACCUCUUCACCUCUCUCCUCCGCAUCACCCCAACCUCCUCCUCGCUCCUCCUCACGGAGCCACCACUCUCGAUCCCAUCCGUGCAACGCGCCACCGACGAGCUCGUCUUCGAGGAUUUCGGCUUCUCUUCUCUCUACGUGGCAAACCCUCAGUCCCUCGUUCAUCUCUACGAAGCUAGCCGCCAGCCGGAUUCCAUGCUCUCGCGCACACAGUGUAGCCUCGUCGUCGAUUGUGGCUUCUCCUUCACUCACGCCGUCCCUGUCCUCCACAACUUCACCCUCAACUACGCCAUUAGGAGGAUCGAUUUGGGAGGUAAAGCCUUGACUAAUUACCUCAAGGAACUGGUCUCUUAUCGAUCCGUAAAUGUCAUGGAUCAGACUUUCUUGAUGGAUGAUGCUAAAGAGAAGCUCUGCUUCGUCUCUCUUGACCUCCACCGUGAUCUCCGACUUGCCAGGGACCGCCGACAUGGAAACCCCAUCAAGUCUACCUAUGUUCUUCCUGAUGGCGUCACUCAUACCAAAGGUUACGUCAAGCAACCACCUCCUCAUCACUCUGAUGAAGAGCAUCAGAAAAAGCCUGACUUCAACAAAAACGAGAUUGACUUGACAAAUGAGCGUUUUCUUGUACCUGAGACGUUAUUCCAGCCCGCGGAUCUAGGGAUGAAUCAGGCGGGACUUGCAGAGUGCAUUGUCCGAGCUGUAAGCUCAUGCCAUUCUUACUUGCAACCAGUUUUGUACCAAAGCAUCAUCUUAACUGGUGGAAGCACAUUAUUUCCGCAACUCAAGGAGAGGCUCCAUGGAGAGCUUCGUCCACUUGUCCCUGACCACUUUGAUUUGAAGAUUACAACUCAGGAGGACCCCAUCCUAGGUGUUUGGAGAGGGGGUUCGCUUUUGGCCUCGAGCCCAGAUUUUGAGUCCAUGUGUGUCACUAAGGCUGAGUACGAAGAACUUGGAUCAGCUCGAUGCCGGAGAAGAUUCUUUCAUUGAAGACAGCCAAAAACAAGCUGUAUAAUAUUUCUUCAAAUUGAGUUGGUUGUAUCGGCUCUGCAUGAAUGACGAUAGUAUUGUAAUGUGUAAUGCAUGGCCAUGAGGAACAGAAUGAAGUAACGCCCAAACAACCAGGGGGGCAAUUUAUCUGGUCUUAGAUCAAGU